AUGGACGUGGACGUGGACGUGGACGUGGACGUGGACAUGACAUGGACGUGGACAUGGACAUGUGGGGUGGACGUGGACAUGGACGUGGACGUGGACGUGGACAUGGACGUGGACGUGGACGUGGACGCGGACGUGGACGUGGACGUGGACGCGGACGUGGACGUGGACGUGGACGUGGACAUGGACGCGGACGUGGACGUGGACGUGGAUGGACGUGGACGUGGCAUGGACGUGGUUGGACAUGGACGUGGACUUGGACGUGGACGGGGACGUGGACAUGGACGUGGACGUGGACAUGGACGUGGACGUGGACGUGGACGGGACAUGGUUGUGGACGUGGACGUGGACGUGGACGUGGACGUGGACGUGGACAUGGACGUGGACGUGGACGUGGACGUGGACGUGGACGCGGACGUGGACGUGGACGUGGACGCGGACGUGGAUGUGGACGUGGACGUGGACGUGGAUGGACGUGGACGUGGACGUGGACGUGGACUGGACGUGGACGUGGACGUGGACGUUGACGUGGACGUGGACCUGGACGUGGACGUGGACGUGGACGUGGACGUGGACACGUGGACGUGGACGUGGACGUGGACGUGGACGUGGACGUGGACGUGGACCUGGACGUGGACGUGGACGUGGACGUGGACGUGGACGUGGACGUGGACGUUGGACGUGGACGUUGGACGAGACAUGGACGUGGACAUGGACGUGGACGUGGACGUGGACAUGGACGUGGACAUGGACAUGGACGUGGACGUGGACGUGGACGUGGACGGGGACGUGGACGCGGACUGGACAUGGACGUGGACGUGGACGUGGACGGGAUGUGGACGUGGACGUGGACGUGGACAUGGCUGUGGACGUGGACGUGGAGGUGGACAUGGACGUGGACGUGGACGUGGACAUGGACGCGGACGAGGACGUGGACGUGGACGUGGACGUGGACGUGGACGGGGACGUGGACGUGGACGUGGACGUGGACAUGGGGACGUGGACGUGGACGUGGACAUGGACGUGGACGUGGACGUGGACGUGGACAAGGACGUGGACGUGGACGGACUGGACAUGGACGUGGACUGGGACGUGGACGUGGACGUGGACAUGGACAUGGACGUGGACAUGGACGUGGACGUGGACAUGGACGUGGACGUGGACGUGGACGUGGAUAUGGACGUGGACGUGGACGUGGACGUGGACAUGGACGUGGACAUGGACGUGGUUGUGGACAUGGACGCGGACAUGGACGUGGACAUGGACGUGGACGUGGACGUGGACGUGGACGCGACGUGGACAUGGACGUGGACGUGGACGUGGACGUGGACAUGGACAUGGACGUGGACGUGGACGUGGACGUGGACAUGGACGUGGACGUGGACGUGGAGGACUUGGACGUGGACGUGGACAUGGUCGUGGACGUGGACGUGGACGUGGACAUGGACGUGGACAUGGACAUGGACGUGGACGUGGACGUGGACGUGGACGUGGACGUGGACAUGGACGUGGACGUGGACGUGGACGUGGACGUGGACGUGGACGUGGACGUGGACGUGGAUGGACGCGGACGUGGACAUGGACGUGGAUGGACAUGGACGUGGACUUGGACGUGACGUGGACGGUGGACGGACGGGGACGUGGACAUGGACGUGGACGUGGACGUGGACAUGGACGUGGACGUGGACGUGGACAUGGACGUGGACGCGGACGUGGACAUGGACGUGGACGUGGACAUGGACGUGGACGUGGAUGGACGUGGACAUCGACAUGGACACGUGGACGUGGACGUUGGACGUGGACGUGGACGUGGACGUGGACGUGGACGUGGACGUGGACGUGGAGGUGGACGUGGACGUGGACGUGGACGUGGACAUGGAGGUGGACAUGGACGUGGAAGUGGACAUGGAGGUGGACAUGGACGUAACAUGGACGUGGACGUGGACAUGGACGUGGACAUGGACGUGGACAUGGUCGUGGACGUGGACGUGGACGUGGACGUGGACGUGGACAUGGACGUGGACGUGGACGUGGACGUGGAUGCGGACGUGGACGUGGACGUGGACGUGGAAGCGGACAUGGACGUGGACAUGGACGUAG